CAUCCAUAUGGAGGUGAUUGAGAUGUUUCCGGGCACUGUUUAUGUCAAAGGACCAGCGUCGUCGAUAAAUUGUCCAGGCUUGGAACAAGAAUUUGAAACGGAAGUGGAUAGGACUAUCGAUUUGACAGGUAGUCCUUUCUUUUUCUCCGACGACAAUGUUUUUACUGCAAUAGGGUGCAACACUCGAGCUUUAAUGACUGACCACACUCCUCAACUCGUCGGUUGUGACUCUCAUUGCCCCGGCGGCCAGAAAGAUAUUGAUUGGCGAAAAACGUUUUCUGGACUUGUUACGCAAGCUAGCUAUUAUCCUGAUAAAAACAGAUGGCUGGUAGAAAAAAAUUGUAAUGGUUCUAAUUAUUGCUGUCAGAUCUAUAUACCUCCUUUUCUUCAGGUUUUUAAUCCAAGUUUACAGGCUGAAAAUAAUAAUCAAAGCGAAGAUGGUUGUAGGUUAGCUUUUUUGACAGACGGAACAGGACAGGCUUUUCCGAAAGUAAAAGAUCCACUUCUGCACUUUCCGAUGGAGCUUUUCUGGAUUAUCGAUUCCGGUGACUGGGAAUAUAACCCUUCCACCAUGUAUUGUCAUGAAUGGAAAGAUAAAACUUCCAGUCCAAAAUAUGUAAGAUGCACUUGCGACUUUGGCUAUGAGGGCAAUGCUUACCUUGGAUGUACAGAUGUUGAUGAAUGCAAACAAUCUCGACAGUGUUGGGGAAUGACAAAAUGUGUGAAUACACCUGGCUCAUACAAAUGUGUGGUGGAUUCCAAGUGGAUUAUCAUUUUGAUUAUAGGUGGUGUCAUUGGGGUACUAGCAAUAUUAUUUGUUAUUUGGUGGGUGUACAAGUGCUUGAAGAAGAGAAAGAAGAUUGAACUCCGAAAAAAAUUCUUUAAAAGAAAUGGUGGUUUGUUGUUACAAAAACAGUUAUCUUCAAGUGAUGGAUGGAAGAGAACAGAUUAUUUGACAUGGUUGAUGCCUGUAAAUGAGCAUUGUUAUGAAGAAGAAGAAAUUGCAGCAGUUGCCAAUGUUGCAAAAGUAUGCUUAAAUUUAGAUGGAAAGAAACGACCUACUAUGAAAGAAGUUGCUAUGGAAUUGGAAGGUAUUCGAUCAUCACGGAGCUAUCAUGUCCAAGAAAAUAAUGAAAAGCUUGAAGAUGUCCCUAAUGAAGUAACAGCCAUAUGGGAUUCUGAUAUCUCAACCUCUGAGUUCAACGAUACAAAAGCUAUGUCUUUAGAAGUUGUGCCUUCCAUUGAUUACAAAUCUUGUUGAUUAAAAAGAUCCCUGAAAGCACAAUUUUCCAACAAGUGGUCAAAAAAUUAUGUGGGUUGUUAAUAUCAGUCUUAAUAUUAGAAACUCAACAACAUGUAUCAGAGUAUUACGUAGUGUUUAUGAUAUUACUUAUUAGUGAUGUUCUUCAUUUGUAUUGAUUUUUCUUUUUUGGCUC